CAUCAGUCUACAAGCCACACAAAACACGAUCGCAACAUGACAGAAUUCUCAAGCGAAUCUUCCCUCGUACAGGUUGAACUCAACGAAUAUGGCGUAGCCCUCAUCAAACUUAAUCGCCCGGAGAAGCGAAAUGCCCUUUCCCAGAGCCUGAUUGACACCCUCAUCAGAGCCAUGGUCAUGGUUGAGACCGAUCAUAAAAUCAAAGUGGCGGUUUUAACAGGAAGCAGAACAGCGGGACCAUUUUCCGGUAAGUUUGCCAUUUCGCCCUUUAGGGAGCGAUUUUAGGAGCGAUUUUAGCAAUCCCGAAAACAGUUGAAACUACUGUAACCUUAGCUACAUCGAACUGAAUUCUGAUCAUCAUUUUCCAUAGCGGGUGCUGACUUGUCGGAACUGCUUCAUAUCUCCACUUCGCAAGCAUACGCGAUGCAAUACCUCGCCGAUUUGAACAAUGCCAUCACACGCAUGCGAAAGCCGAUUAUCUGUGCUGUCGCAGGCUUUGCACUUGGCGGUGGAUUCGAGCUGGCAAUGAUGUGUGAUAUCAUCUACGCCGCUGAUAAUGCCAAGUUUGGAUUACCAGAAUUGACUGUCGGAACUAUCCCUGGGGCUGGUGGGACUCAACGCCUUACGAGAGUCAUCGGAAAGCAAAAGGCCAUGGAUAUGAUCUUGACGAGCCAAACGCUUACCGGCAGUGAGCUGGAAGGGCUGGGAUUGGUGGCCCGAACUUAUCCUGUGGAUCAAUUGCUUGAGGAGACAAUGAAGUCGGCCAUCAUUAUCGCUGGAAAGUCCAUUCCUGUGGUAGCUCUGGCGAAAGAGGCUGUUCUCAAUGGUAAGCUUGCCUUCUCAAGCAUCCAUACAAUACUUGUGGAUUAAUAUAAACCGCAAACUAAUUUUGACAGCGGACCAAACUACGUUGGAUGCGGGGUUGAAGCUCGAGCGAGCUUUGUAUUACAGUUCUUUUGCUCUGGAAGACAGGACAGAAGGCAUGUCUGCUUUCGUCAACAAGCGAAAGCCGGAGUUUAAGAACUGUUGAUCAAUGCUUAGAGCUGUAGCUAAAUUGGUGUCGUAUGGAAACAAUACCUGAAUACGCCUUCCCGGGGCCCUUUGUUUUCCUGUCAAUUUGAGUCACGUGAUACAGCAUUGCAUCUCAAACUUUAUCCACCACUCGACCGGAAUUUUCCGUAUUUCUCCAUUUGAAUUUGCGGAUUAUCCCUUCUGAUCUGGUGGAUACUUGAAAGAUGAUAAGGUCUCCCUCCAUCUCUGAAAUUGAUUUUUCCUUGCAGCCCCGUAUUGACUAAUAAUCUAGAUGUCAUUCUUCGUGCCCAACUCAACCCCGAUGUGAAUUGUGUUUCACGGCAGAUCAUGUCACAUACAGUACCAGAAGAUUCAUGGCCACAAAGUCUCCAGAAUGGUCUGAUUUACGGUCGUGUGUGAAUUCAGUCGGUCAGAUCAGAAAGAGAUCUCAUGCAAAGCAAGAUUAGUUGGCCAAUGAUGAAAGAGCAAUCUGUCAAGGAAAUCUGGUAAGCCCUAUAAGCUUGUGAAAUAUUCAGACUUGGAGAUUUGAUAAUCAAGGACCGCGAAAAUAUCAGAAACCUUCUCAUCCUGUGGCGCUUGGGUAAUCUCCGCUGAUAUUUUGUUUUUCCACUUGGUCCAACUUCCUUCCCCCUUUAUCCGUAGCCGAAACCAAAAUUCACUACCCUCCAAGAAUCACUGCCUAACUAGCAAAGCAAUUUUUCAGUCCCCAUUUCGGUCCCCGUACCUCAAUUCUUCUCCAUCCGAUACGCAAACCACUCAUGUCGUUCGGGUUGGUGGUUCCAUUGUUCCAACUGCGAUGGCCCAAUCGACUGUUGCGAGAGAUUCGCUUGUGUCAGAGCCUUGUCGUUAUAAGCUCUAGUAAUGGUAAGCUUAUAUAUCCUUCGGGGUAUUAUAGUUCCAUGACUGACCUUUCUUCCACCAGUGUCUCGAUUUCUUUGAAAGUGGGCAUCGUUGCAGCACUUCUCCCCUUUUCAUGUCGUCCAGACCUGGUAUUUGACGAGCUUUUAACCGAAUGCUGUGCAAUUGUGCUCGAUCUGAGCGACUCAGAAGUUGAAGUGGCCCGGUCCAUGACUUUUUGGUAAAUUCGUAUGCUUGAGUUAUUGGAUUUGGGACUCUGAAUACGCCGAUCUGAUAAUCGAGUAGGUUUCUCUGCGACCCUUCAUAGAACAAACAGUACUGGCUAACACCUUCUUUUAUCUCCCAUGAAUCCUCACUGUGUCACCUCCCAAAAAAGACUCGACAAUUAAACUCCGUCAUUACCGUCAGAAUUGGAAGCGGCUCAUGGCAGGAAGAAAUGCGUGUCAGAACCGUCCCGAAGCCUCUCAUUUCGAAGCAAGUGACUUUCUCCAGUGACAAUUCUGAUAGAUCCCAUCUCUAAUAGCCAAUAUUGGACAACGAGAAGUCCCCGGAGACUGUUAUAGGCCAGUCGUCGUGAGCCUCGACUGGAGAAGUCACUCUCUGCGUGAGGCAUACAUCUCUCAUCUCCAUCAACACGCCCAAUCCGCCUCCUUUCCAAGGUAAUUCGUUACCUUAUCAUGACAUUGUUCUCGUAAACCCACACCGCAAGUACGCAUCGUGACCCUCCGAUGAUGGCCAAGUUCGAGUUUGUUGUACAUAACGAGUCGUGCGUGGUACAUUUGCCCCCACGAGUUUUCCGUGUGGAUAUACUACACCAUGCCAUAAGUACAUUUUCUGGUUGGCUGUUAAUGAGAUACGAGAACCGUAUCAUCGGGGAAGCGGACACCGGGUUUUCCUUGCUGCAUAUGACGGCCAAAUGAUGGAUUGAAAGAUGUUGGGGUGUUCUCGAUUUUUUAAUAACAUACCAAUGGGGUCCAGUUGUGAAACAAUACUCACAGUAUCGGGAGCGACAACAUGGCUCUCUAAUCAUGGAAUACUUGUCAAGAAAAGCCGUAACAUCAAUCCGGAUCGAUUAUCUCUCGGCCGGGGAACUAUAUGGUGACACCCUUAAUCCCUCAUGUGGUUGAAUAGCACCACAUUCCUUGGAAACUAUCAGGUUUGUGAAAGAACUAUAUAGUUGGUCAAUGAUGUGAGCUGGGAUACAACGGGCCGUACCCGAUUGAUGGACACCUGCAGCAUCGUUGGUGCCCAAGUUACUCCUUUAGGCGGGAACGAAUUCCUUUUUUGGUAAUUGUCAUGUUCUCUCCACGAGGCCAGCAUAUGCGUGGAAUCUGAUCAGAAGGUCUUUUUUCUGGUACUACAUAAUACUGUACUCCCAUAUUCCGGAUCGAUUCCGAUGUUAUCUUGGAAUUAUAUGCUGCUUGGCAGUAUUGUUGAGGUGGCACUUGGGAGAGCCUCAACUAACGACAAGAGUUUGCACAUGAAUUGGAUUUAGACGGUAUGUUUAACCAACAACGGAGAGGAGCAAAAAGUGAACCGGGUUGUAUUCUUGGGAAGAAGAGAUAAGCAGUACAGAAACAUAAGUCCGACUUCGUACACAAAUCUUGUACCCCGCACAGGGUUUAAAUCCCAAAACAGCCUCCUUUACUGGGUAUCUUUGUGUUUUCAUUUGCCCCCAAACUUCCAGUGGAUUUCCAAUACGCCAGCAACUGAUUGAAAACGAUAGUACCUUACACCCCCAAUAAGCAAAGAAAGAAGGAAGAGAGAGAAGGAAAAGUAAAGAUAAUUAAGCAAUAUGAGUCGACAUACAAAAAUAGAAUUACAUCAUUCCUCGUCCACAGUGGCACAAACGCAGAAUAUAUUCUGCAGCGAUAACAACCCCUCCAAAGUCCGUGUAAUGGCACCAAAAGACAGAGCUGUCCUUGAAGCGAGCGUAUGACCGGAA